AUGGAAAAAGUCAGUCGCAUCGCCGACUGCCGAGUCUUGGAGGGAUUGCAGAGAUAUUCCUCCAUCUCCACGUACCUGCCUGUCAACUACCAGGUGCUCAAUGCUGAUUUGGCGUUUUUCCUGAAGGAAGCCAACCAGGACUUCAUGAGGAACUCUAGCCUGAUGUCGCGGACUGAGCCCUUCUUCAUCUACCAGGCCAGGAGUUUGCCCUCAGUGAACGCUAGCUAUGGGCCCCUGUCUUUGGAGCAGCCGGUCCCAUUAGAGCUGCUACAGAGCCCGGGGACGUUUCCUGCCUCCUCUGUUUUUACCUUCAACUGGAAGGUGCAGACCUUCAUUAUGAAUACCAGGAUUCACUUGGCCAAGCCCAGAGUCCAGGUGCUGUUUUAUGUCGCAGGCAGGGACUGGGACGACUACAGUGCCAUCGACAAGCUGCCCUGCGUGCACAUGUUUGCUUUCCACGAGACCCAGGAGGUGCGUGGCACUUGCCAGCUGAAGGGGGAGCUGGGGCUGUGUGUGGCCGAGCUGGAGCCCUUGGCCGGCUGGUUCAGCCCGCCCAGCGUCGUGCCGGGGCGCCAGAGGAACCUCGAGGUGUCCGAGGGCACGCCAGUGGAGCUCUACUACAUGCUGCAAUCCACAGAGGCUGGGGAGUGCCAUUCAGAGGAGGCCAGGAAGGAUAACUUCAUGCGCUCGAGCCAGGAAGGGCUGUUUGGUUCUUACACCUCCACGCCGCUGAGGAGGAUCGGUGGUGUGAGGCUGUACCAGAACCCUAAUCCACCACCCCUCGCUGAACACAGGCUGGAUAAUAACUUUAUGGUCAUGGUGCCAGCCACUCCCAUGAGACAGAGGGAAACCGUCUCUGCUUUUAUCACUGUGUCGGCCUACUCUCCUGUGGAGAUGUUUACUCUCAGAGUGAAGUUGAAAGAGGGACUGACGUUUCUCGGGGCUCGUCCCAGCAACCCCACUCAGUGGAUAGUCAGCCAGGACGUGAGGAGCGAAGGCCACCGAGUGGUGACGCUGCACUGCCGCAGGAAGGAGUCCGGCUACGAUCAGCAAAGGGCUGAGAUGGGAGUUCAGAGGGUGCUCCAGGUGGACCUGAAAAUGGAAAGCUUUCCAGAGCUGCUGGGUAGCCGCUGGAUGGCCUGGCAGGUGGAGUACCCGGCCGGUCGUGCCACCACACAAGAGGCUGAGACGGAGAUCCGCCUGGCGCAGGAGGACCUAGCAGGCAUCGUGCCGCUGUCCAUGGACUCUGAGAUUCUGAACACGGCCGUGCUGACCGGGAAGACGGUGGCCGUGCCGGUGAAGGUGGUGACCGUUGGAGUAGACGCCUCCGUCGUCGAUGUGUCCGAGGCGGUCAAGUGCCGCUCUACGGACGAGGACGUGGUCAAGGUGUCAGACAGGUGCGACUACGUUUUCGUGAACGGCAAGGAGAUGAAGGGCAAGGUGAAGAUGAUGGUGAACUUCACCUACGGAUACCUGAGCGCUCAGUUGGAGCUCGACGUGUGGAUCCCUCGGCUCCCGCUCCAGAUCGAGGUGUCAGACACGGAGCUGAGCCAGAUCAAAGGGUGGCGGGUCCCCAUCGUGGCCAGCAGUCAGAGAUCAACACGGGACAGUGAGGACGAGGAUGAUGAAGACAGACGAGGACGAAGCUGCACUCUGCAGUACCAGCACGCCAUGGUCAGAGUCCUGACCCAUUUUGUAGCCGAGGCAGCCGAUCCUCGAGGCCAGACCAACUUCAUGCUGGGCACCGAUUGGCAGGUGGACAUCACAGAGCUGGUGUGGGACUUCCUGAAGGUAGAGGACUCCCAGAUUGCACAGCUACUGGACAGGAGGAUACUGGUGGGGCUGGACAUGGGGAUGACCACAAUCCAGGUGUUGUCUCCUCUGUCAGACUCAAUCCUGGCAGAGAAGACCAUCACAGUGGUGGAUGACAAAGUGACCAUCACGGAGCUGGGGGUCCAGCUGGUGACCGGCCUCUCUAUGAGCCUGCAGCUCAGUCCAGGAAGCAACAGGGCCAUCCUGGCCACCACGACCACACAGGAGGUUCUGCAGAGCCCCAAACAGGAGGCCUUGAUCAGCGCCUGGCUGCAGUUCAGCGACGGCUCUGUGGCUCCUCUUGACCUGUACAAUCCUGACUUCUUCGUUCUGACAGCCACCUCCCUCGAUGAGGAGGUGGUGACAGUGCAGCAGAACCCCUCUUGGAAGUGGCCUGUCAUCGUGACGGAGGCGGAGGGCCAAGGCCUGCUGGUCAGGGUGGAAAUGACUGUGUGCGAGGUUUGCCAGAAGUUCAAGCGCCGCAGCAUCCUGGCAGCGGGGAACUGCAACGUCAGGGUGAAGUUCGGUCGUAGUGACAGCUCAAGGGGAGGGAGCAGCGACUACAGCCCUGAUGGGGACGAUUUGGACAACAGAGGCCGGCUCUCCCCCUCCCAGGACAGGACCGGCCUUGACACCCACUAUUAUGGCAGCUCCAUCUCUGACUUGGAGGAUGGAGUGUUGAGGAGAGCCACCACCACUAGAAGCGCCAUAAUGCGCAGACCCAACGGGGAUAAACUGUCGAAUGACGGGGGCCAGAACAUGCCGAUCGACUUCGCUGACUUCCCUGCACAAGUGGACCUCCCCCGUGGCCGCAACGUGGACGAUGACCUCGUUCAGACUGCUCGUGGGCUCACGGACCUGGAGAUCGGCAUGUACGCCCUGCUGGGGGUCUUCUGCCUCGCCAUCCUGGUCUUUCUCAUCAACUGCAUCUCCUAUACCCUCAAAUACCGCCACAAGGAGCUGUCGAUCGAGGGCCAGGAGAACAUGAACCACGCCCACGACUGGGUGUGGCUGGGCAACGAGGCGGAGCUGCUGGAGAGCCAAAUCAGCCUGUCGCCCCAGCAGGAGGAGCAGACCUCCAUGAUGGACUCGAGCAGCGGACUGGAGGAAGGCAGCCACUUGCUGAACGGCGGCUCGGCCCAGAAGAACGUGCAGGGCCAAGUGCACCGGGCGGCGGACGCGGGCUGCGUCGCCAAGGACAGCAAAGGAGACUCACCCACCACCAAGAGGAAGCGAGUCAAGUUCACCACGUUCACCACCAUCCCCUCGGACAGUGGCUACCCCACUGUUAACACACUGACUGGAGGCCACAGCCAGGACAUUAAGUGGGUGUGCCAAGACGUGGAGCUGGGAGACUCCAAGGAGUUGCGCAAUUACAUGGAGAGGUUAAAUGACAGUGCUUUAAAAGAGGUGGCAUAA